AGCAAGUGUUUCCUUCUAAUGAUAAGUUUUUGAAUAAAUUCUGCAUCAUAUAAAAACAAAAAUAGGUCUUCUAAUAAUGGGAACUCCAACAAAUUAAAUAUGGGAAGACCUGAUCUCCGAUAAACGACAUAGAUUGUCAAUCGGAAGAAAAUAAGAACCACCCUAAAAUGAUUUUAAAUGCUAUGUGCAUGUAUAUAUGAAUGUACAUGCUAGAUAUGAUCCUUCCGCGUCAUAGUGUUUGUCUGGGUGAAAGUGUAAAGUCGUCUUGCACUUCCUUUCUUGGCUAUUUACAGACCUGUAUUUUAUGUGUUCAUCAUAGUCAGACAAUGCAUGCAUAUAUUAAUCACAAUUCCAAAUUUGUCCAAUCAAAUUCCAUAUACUUCUUAAAAUCAAAAAUAUUUGUUGCAGAUGCCGCAAAGGAGUAAUCAUGGAUAAGUAAAACCUACCUACAGUGUUCUAUUUUUUUUGUGUGAAUUGAAUUCGACUUUGAAAAUGCGAAAACAUAUACAGAGAGUCGAAUUAUUAUUAUAUCACAGUAUUCUUACAAAGAACUGCCCUGUAAUUCUUCGAAAAGAAAUUUCUGUGACAACUGCCUUUAUCAGAGCUGAAAGAAAUAAAAUGAACAAAUACUGAUUAUUAUCAUGUCAGGUGAAGUAAAACGAAAAAAUACACGCAUCUCCCCCUGUGAUAGGCAGCAGCGGAAACUACCUCCUAAUUUUGACUUUUAUGCCGAUUUUGUGGUUGUACCAUCCACCGAAGAGGAAGAAAGGGUUGGUCCGUUUGUCAAACAGAUAAAAGAGAUUUUGAAUGACUGUGCUCCUCGGGAUAUUGUUGUCACGCAUUGCGGUGAUGCAAAAUUUUACAUGGGUGAAUAUUUAGAGAGAAGUUCAGUAGUUCUGUACUUCUUUACAAAAUUAUCCAAGGCCAAAUAUGCGGCUUAUACAUGCAAAACUGGUUUUCAGGAUUUCCUUUACGGUAAACGUUUUAUUCCGGUUCUUGGUGAGAAAGAAGUGAUUCUACCGCUGAAUGCCAAAAUAGCAACGCCUUUAGCUUACUUGAAAAUUAGCAAUGAAGACAUCCGUUCUAUGUUGUUAAAAUUGUAUGAAAAGCAUAAGCAUAUUCGAAAGGAAAGACAGAACAAACACAGAGAAAAAGAAAUCAUGUGGUUAAAAAGGCAUGGUGCUCAGACGACAGUUCCAGAGAAAAGUUACCAAGGAAUGCAUAUUACAGCAACUAACGUAAUGAUAGGUGACAACAACACGAUGGUAACCCCUUCUCCAGUCGAGGAUAAUGAUGAUGAUAAAGAGGACAUGCAUGACCAAAAUCUUCAUCUUUCACAAACUAAUUCUAUGACAUCUGUAUACUAUCAAGAAACGGACGAAAACAGAGGCUUUCGCCCUCGAGACCUACAAUUUCCAUUGCACAACAAUUUCACUGGGGUUGAUCAUUUCAAAGAUAAUCAAACUGGCUAUGAUAUUCCAUGUAGAUAUACGGUACCUACCUUUACUGAAAACGAAAACACUCAAGAAAAAGAAGUUUUCAGUGAGGAAACUUUUGUGAAGCAGGUACAUCAGAGCUCAUCAAAUGGCAGUUUGUUCAAGGACCCUCCUACAGCGCCCGUCCUACGCAGGACGCCAUUAGAACUUUGUGAUUCGCCCUCUAAUGAUAGGUAUGCUAACUAUAAGCAUAAAAAACCCGCCAAUGAUGCAAGGAAGGAGUUGGAUAUUGAGGAAAAUAGGGCAGGAAAUAGUUUCAAGAAAAGUAUUUCAAAACAGAUUCCUGACGAGAUCAUUAGAACUAAUAACUUAUCAAACAGUACAAGUAGUGUUUCCAAUUUUAACUUUCCUCCAAAUAUACCUUUUGAAUGUCACAUUGAAUCUAACAACAGAUUGUUUACAUCUAAUGGAGGGCAUGUUCAAGACAACGUACAUUUAAAUUUUUGCAGUAGUCCUGCAGCAAGCACGUCUUCUCAACUCUUCGAAUCAUCGUCCAGCAAUCAAGCUCAUUCGCCUUCGUCUUUUUCAAAUGAUCACAGAUCUUCCGAAAAUACAUCCCUCUCUUCGUCGACUACAAUGCAUAGAGGUUAUGAAGUACCCAUUCCUAUGGCAAUUGAUCUGUCUUCGUUUCCGCUCUCCAGUUUUAGUGAUAGGCAUCAAAGCUCCAAUGCAAUGUCAACUGACCAAAAUAAAACUGUCUCUCAUGAGCAUCUAAGGAAAGAUAUCUUGUCCUGCAUUCCGCGACCAUUUUCUGCCGACAGACUGUGUGGAUACAUCGAAGGGGAUAAAGAUGAAAUUGUAAAUGAUCUGAAAAAGAAAUAGGGCCUAGUAGUAUUU